GGUAGCUUCAACAUAUACAUAUUUGAUGAACUAGGAACUCACUAUGGAGCUGUCACUUUACAAGUACACCAUCAAGUAUAGGUACUAUCCACGUGGAAUUUCAUCGGCCAGGUUACCUUACAACUAUCCAUCUCUUUUCUAACACUUAGAAUAUUCAACUGCUACAAUUCACAUCACCAACAACUAAAUACCGCCGAACACAAAAUUCAUGCUAAUGUCUCUCGAAGGUUAUCGGCUCUAUUCCAAGUUUUGUUCGUUGUAUCAACCAGAUAUUCUUUCAGGUUUCUCUACUUCGUCGUUCAGUAUCCCCAGUUAGUGAAGAUGCGUUUUGAGGAUUGGGAUGUGCUAUUGUUUCCCAGGGAUUCCAAAAUCCCAAUGAAGGAGUUCAAGACUAAUUGCCAUGUGGUCCACGAUAAUGAAUUCGCAUAUAGCCACGGAUCGUACGGCUUACCAACCAUGACAUGUUUCAUGCCAGGACUGUCCCCGGGCACCCAAUUCAACAUCUCGCUUCACUCCUGGAAGACACCCGACAUCAGCCAGUUCACCAGAAGCUACAGCAAACAUCCAGAAUUAGUCAAGUUCGAGGCACGAGUCUUGAUCGAUGGCCGUCUAGUUGCUUCGUCAGCAUUAAACCGCACUGGGCCGUGGCCUCAGCUGAUCAACCAUAGCUUUGAGUUUACCAAAAAUGGUGACCUAGAAACCCUCCGGUUCCCUCCGUUCCGCAGCGAAGUUCUCCAGCAAAGCUACUGGAGCCCGGCAGAUGAAAUUGGAAGAAUUAAAAUUGUCAUUAGCGAGGGGUUCCCAAGGGACUCUCUAAGUGUCCCCAUCGAACGAGUCAAGAAUGUUGUGGCAUUUUCGUUCCAACAUGCUCCCCUCGAUAUUCUCGAGAGCUCUGGUAUUGCAUGGCCGAAUCCUGGGAUGUGGCGGCGCACUCCUUUCAACCCUACUAUGCCUGUUCCAUCACAACGCCACGAAGACGGUGCGGAUGCCCAUCUCCACUCCCCUCGUCGUCGGACGACGAGUUACAUGAAAGGAACAUCCAAUUCAUCUGGGUACAAUCCUGGCCCUCCGGGACUGGUACAAGCAAAUACCAACGGCUUUCUUAGCUCUAUGCCUAAUACCCAGGCAUUGUUACAGCGUAACGAAACCGGAUCCGGAUCUGGAUCCGCCUGGGCAGAUCCCUUCAGCACGCAAAAGUCUGAAGCUACCGCUUGCUUUGAUUGGACAAACAGUAGUUUCGGGCCCAUAGGAUUCAACCAGACCACCGACAGCGGCAAGUCUAACUGCAACUAUGCAUCUACUCGCAGGACUACCGGCAUAAGCAAGGUAUCACGCUCUGAUAUGAGCAUGCCUGAUUACGGCUUGGGCAAUUCAAACACUACUCAAGGCAUAUCAGACCAUCAAUUCUUAAGCCUCUCGACGUCUAAUCUUGGAGAUGCAGAUACAGCCACCCAUAAUCCCAAGGCGCCAUCUAACACGCCAACGACUUUGACCGGGACAAAUUUCAUUGAUGAGCUUAAUAUAGACGUGAGCAAGAUCGACGCGCCUGGAGGUACGUCAAUGAACGACUUUUUCAACUCUAACCACGCCAAUUUCUCGUCCGAGCUCGCAAAUUCUCUUACACAUUCGUUGUUGAAUCAACCACAUCCGCUUCCUGUCUAUUCCGGAUGCAUUGGGCCAACAGCUCCUGAAGUGAAGUCACGCAAGGAGAAUCGUCUUCACCAGGACUCCCCGAAUGAAAAUGCAUCAACCAUAGACCAUGUCGAGAUGCGCAAGGUAUCGCAGCCAUCAAUCUGCAGCCUCGGUAAGGAAACCCAGGACAACAGCUCAAACAAUUCUCCCCCCAGCCAGGGUACAUUCUCGGGAGUGUUCUCUCACCGAUCCACGUCAACAGCUGACUUUGGUAAUGACCUCACCAACUGCACCAACAUCUUUCAGCAUUCAAAUGUAGACUCGCAUAUAUGUGGCGACCCAGCCCCAGAAAUUCGUAUCACAGGCUGCUCCGAUAAGGGCAUCAAGCGCACUCGUCACUUCACGUCGGCUGGUGGUAAAGUGAUGGAUGAUACCAUUGAGGCACUAACCAAUAGCCCCCAAGUACAAAUCGAUCUCGACGAGCAAUUCGGGGCGCCAAUGUAAUCGAAACCCCGCCGAGUGCAUUCACAAUAGCAACUUAUUUUGGAAGAUCAUUGAAUAUUCAUGAUUAUUGGACGCAUUGGUAGGGGAAUGCCUCGUCGUAGCCCGUUCGCAAACUAGCAUUGUAGCCAAUGCAUUAUAGACUUCUUGCUGGGAGAGCGUAUCAUUAGCUUACUACCUAACAUGAGAAACAUGGCUACUGGUUUGUUUUUAAUACUACUGGUAACCUCGAGUUGGCUUGUAGAACAUUCUUGGCCUUGUAAAAGGGUUUGAACCACAGCCCGUAGGACAUGGGGUUUUAAUGUUAUGGUAUGGGAAGGGAAGCAAAGUUUGGUGUUUAGCUGAGAAGAGUAUAGAUAGAUUAGUUAAGUCAACUUCGCGGGUAUAUAACUCGCAGAGCAAUAAAUGGGAAUAUUGCCUUUA